CUCUCUGCAGCGCCUCCCAUUACACUCUUUUCGCGGCCACUCCUCUCUCUGCGUCUCGAGCCUCCGGACUCCGGAGCAGUUGAAGAAUUCGUCUUUUCCAUCUCCUUCUAAGAUGGCGAGCAAUGUUAUCAUGUUCGAGGAUAUCUUCGUGGUCGAUAAGCUAGACCCUGAUGGCAAAAAGUUCGAUAAAGUUACGCGUGUGGAAGCUAGGAGCCACAACUUGGAAAUGUUUAUGCAUUUAGAUGUUAACACUGAGGUUUAUCCACUGGCUGUUGGUGAUAAGUUCACUCUCGCUAUGGCUCCCACUCUCAAUCUCGAUGGCACUCCUGAUACCGGAUAUUUUACUCCGAGUCUUGGCGUCAACGUACGAUUAAGCUUCAUCUCUCCUUCAGGGAAUGGAUGAGUUGUUGUUUGCAUACAAUGCAAGCCUCAGGAAAAUAAACCAGUUCCGAGGAUCGAUGCAGAGGUCAACAAGAACAAGAUCG